AUGUUACCAGCUUGGCUGUUAGCAACUCCAAAAGUGAGAACAAUUUCUGAACGGCAGCCUUUGCCUCAAAUGCCUUCUGAAACACUAGAUUUUGGGUAUGUUCCCCACAAGAUAUACAACACCAACGCUUACUAUGAGCCCGGAACAAUAGGGAUUUUGUUCCACAUUGUCCACUCUUUCAUCUGCAUAGUUCAGCCCAAUUACUUCCCUCAAGACCUUAUCAAAAAGUUAGCACUACAGAAAUUUGGAAAGCAACCUGGUGAUUAUCAAAAGCCCGAAAAUGUUGUAUUGACUCUUCAGGCAAUUUACUAUGAAAUUGGCUUCAUAAUCUCAGCUGCCCUGGGAAUCCUAUUUGUCCUGUUGCUUCCACUGAUUGGCCUCUGCUUCUGCCUGUGCCGAUGUUGCGACAAUUGUGGUGGGGAAAUGCACCAGAGACAGAAAAAGAAUGUCAACUGUCGGAGGAAGUGCUUCUCUAGCCUCCUCUUGGUAACUACAUUGCUAAGCAGUAUUGGGGUGUUUUUUGCUUAUGCGGCUAACCAGCAUCUCACAAGCCAAGUCCGAGGAGCCAGGGGACUCAUGUACAAUAAUUUCAGAGACCUUCAGAUGUUCAUGAAUGGAACUCCUGGGCAAAUUGAUUAUUUGGUGAAUCAGUAUAACACUACCAAGAAAAAAACACUUUCUGAUCUUAAUAAUGUUGAGACAUUGCUUGGCAAUCGAGUCUGGGAACAGCUGGGAAAGGAGGUAUACCCUGCUCUUGAUGCUGCCCUUACCAUGGCAGGAGCUAUUAGAGAGACAAAAGAGGCACUGGAGAAUGUGAGCGGAUGUCUGGAAAUGCUACAGGAGGGCACUGAGAAGCUGCACACCAGCCUGAUGGAUGUGAUGGAAGACUUGAUAGAUACUCUUAAUGAUUCAGCUUGCAUGUCUACCGAGGUUGCUUCAACUUGCAACCUUAUCAGAAAUUCUUUGAAUCAGCUGACCAUUAAUGCUAAUUACAGCAAGUUACCAGGAGUGAACCCUCAGCUUGCCAAAGUAAAUGAAGUCCUUAAAAUAGACCUUUCCAAUCUCAUUCAAAAGGGUUAUGCAGCAUUUAAUGAUACUCCUCAACUCGUACGGGAUCAAACAAAGAAUAUUUUAUCAGCAGCUGUACCUCAUAUAAAAAAUAUCCUGGAAAAUGUUGGUUCAAACAUCACAGCCUUUACUAAAAAGCUUCCCAUUCAGAAGAUUCUAACAGAUUUCACAAUAUACCUCACUCAGGGUGAAGCUUAUGUUGAAAGUUAUUUUCCAUUAGUGGAGCAAUAUGAUUUCUACAGGUGGCUGGGCUGCUUAAUCCUAUGCUGCAUGGUGGUCCUGAUCCUGGUCUUUUUCUACCUGGGAUUAUUAUGUGGUAUGUGUGGCUAUGACAAAAAUGCAACACCAACAACCAGAGGCUGUGUCUCAAAUACUGGAGGAAAUUUCCUGAUGGCUGGAGUUACUUUCAGCUUCCUCUUCUCCUGGGUUCUGAUGCUCAUAGUGGUGGUCACUUUCAUUGCCGGUGGAAACAUGGAGAAGUUGAUAUGUGAAUCAUUUGAUGACAAGACUUUAUUCCAAAUUUUGGACACACCCUACUUGCUUAAUCGCCAGUGGAAACACUAUUUAUCUGGCAUCAUUCUGAAAAACCCAAAUAUUGACUUGACAUUUGAAAAAGUUUACAGUGAUUGCAAGGAAAAUAAAGGCAUUUAUACCACACUUCGCUUGGAAAAUCUCUUCAAUAUCCAUAAAAUCCUAAACAUCAGCAUGUAUGCAGAAGAUGUGUCACUUAAAAUCAAGCAUAUCAAUAUAAAUUUAAGCAAUAUAGUUUUACUGAGCAAUACUGGGAAAGAGAACCUGUUGAAUUUUGGUUCUUCUGGAAUAAAUGAAAUCAACUUUGCAGCAUACCUGUCAGAGAUUAACAAGAGCAUCACCAAAAUUGAUUUAUUGUUAUAUGCUAAUGAUUUGGAAGCAAGAGCAGAUCAGCUGCCCAAAGGAGCAUUAGAAAACGCUUUGAAAGGACAUGCAAAUACUAUUCGGCUGAUACAUAACCAGCAAGUUGUUCCUUUGGAACAAGGAAUGAAAUAUGUUAGAGCUAGGAGUACUUUAAACCAGAGUAUUCGGCUACUACAGAAAACUUCGUUAGAACUUCCAGAAAAAGUGAGAGGUGUAAUCAAUGCCAUUGAAGCCACUCAACUUCUCAUAAACAACAAUGCUUCAUUUAUAAUUGUCCAGGAAGCUAAGAAAUACAUGGAUACUAUCUUAGGUUACUUUGAGCAGUAUUCAACGUGGGUGAAGGAUUCGAUUACUACACAAGUAGCAACCUGUAAACCAAUUGCAAAUACAAUUGAUACCGCUGUCGAUAUUUUUCUGUGCAGCUAUGUAAUGGAUUCUUUGAAUGCCUUCUGGUUCGGACUAGGAGGCUGCUGCGUCUUGCUGAUCCCUGGCAUUAUUUGUGCGGUCAAAUUAGCCAAAUUCUACCGCAGGAUGGAUACCGAGGAUGUGUACGAUGAAGUUGAAACUAUGCCCAUGAAAAAUUUGGAAAAUGGUAAUAUUGGUUAUCAUAAAGAGCAAUUAUAUGGUAUACACAAUCCAGUUAUGACAACAAGGUAA